CACUUGAAGGUGGAGCAGAACAGAAACAGAGGAAACAGGCUGUGGUUUGUGAGUUCACAGAUAGUUUCCUGGUCAUUUUUCACACACAACACCCUCAACAUCACAUGAAGAGAGUAACACACUGUCCGUCAGCGCUAGUGUUUGAUUCUCAUCACCAGAGACAUAUAACUGUACUCUCCACUGAGAGAAGAGAGCAGGAUUCACAGUAUUACUGAGAUCUGACUUCAACAAGACAUUUGAGGAACUUUUCUGAACUCAACCGAAGAAGAAAUGAAGCUCACAUUCAUGAUUUCUGCGUUUCUACUGAUGGUGAGCAGUUCAGUGCCUGUGGAUAUUACAAUGAGAGGAACAGAAGGAGAACAAGGGUUUCUGAAUUGUCCUUAUUCUGAAGGAUAUGAAAACUCAGACAAAUACUUCUAUAAAGGACCUUACAGAGAGAGGAAUCUUCUCCUAAAAUCAGCUGGAGGACAGUCAUCGGUGUCUGAAGGCAGAUUCUCUCUGCUGGACGAUCAUCAGAAGAGAUCAUUUACACUGAUCAUCAGAAACCUGAGUCUGUCAGAUGCUGGAGUGUACACCUGUGCAGCUGGAUGGGGAACACAAUAUAAAAACUUCAAUCUGAACGUGAUCAGAGCUCCACAGAAAACAAGACCUGACCAGAUCUCAACCAGCACCCUUCACUCGUACACACACACCAGCACAGAUACAGUAUACGCUCGCGCAGCUUCAGUGUGCAGGAAAGGCUCUUAUUUGUGCGGCAGUACAACAGCGGCUGUUCACUUCCUGCCAUCUGUGCCUCAGACAUGA